AUGUGGCGACCAAUGUCCAAGUUAGUUCCGCUCGCCUCGUGCCUUCUGUUUUGCGCCUCGUUGCUGCCACCGGUCGGGUCCGCGUCCGACGAUGCGCAAGAGGAAGAACUGGAAAAACUGGCUGCCCGUGGACCUCUACUGGUUGAUAAUUAUAUUCCGGUGGCGAUGCAAGUUUUGCAUCACUGCAUCGAAAUGAUACAGUACGAACCAACGAUGACACCGCCGCCGAGCUCCGACACUGAAGUCAGCACAACCACGACGAGGCGCCCGACGACCACAACUGCCAGGCCACCAACAACCCAGUAUCCUGUGACGCAAGCGGGUACCACAGAAUCGGAUCUUAACACGAUCGCAUGUCCAGUAGCAUUCCCUACAAGCUCCCACAAGCCUGGCUAUUACGGUCCUGAGAAACCACCACCACCGCCAGCAGCACCAGCGGUGACAACAAUGGCGACGAGUUCCACGGAAAGCCCUAAGCCUAGCACCGAAAGCCUACUCUGGAGCGAUAAACCGUUUGCCGAGUGGUUCCUGCAGAGGAAACGCCAUCAGAUCCAGGACAACGGGCUAGAAAGCUUCAAGUUUUUAGACCCACUACCGUUGGCGGUACUGCAGGCCUUUAACCGCGAACCGUACGAACCGCUCGCGCUCCGUCCUGUCGACAACGCACAGGAGUUCCGGCGUAUCUACGACGACAGCUACCGGGGCCCGGUAGCCAUAGUGGUGGUGGAGCAGAGCACCAAGAAGGGAGGCAAGAAGCGAGUGCCCCCGACGAAGCCGUACCUACAUAUGCUCGUGCUUUACGAUUUGCUAAAACGCGAGGCCAAGAAAGCGAUGUACAACCACUACGAGGGCUACUCUGAGGCCAUUUUGAAGGAGCUCUCGGAGAUGGACUUCCUCACGGCAAAGGAUCAACUGAGUCACGUGCUGACGGAGCUGCUCGAGCGUAAGGACAUCGAAAAGUCGGACGUCGUAUCGAGAGCCAAGCAGAUGAUUAGUGAUUUAGACAACCGGUCCAGUGCCAUAGCGCAGGCGCUGGAAGUCGUGCCGCCAUUACGCUUCGGAUUGUGA